AUGAAAGUCUCUGAAAAAAUGGCGGCGGUGGAACAGAGGCGGGGUCGUGAGGUCAAGGAAGACCCGCCUUCUGGCGCAUGCGCCACAAUGGGGAUACUCAAGAGGAUAAUUAUUCUAGAAGAUGCACAUAGUGCAUAUCAUGAUUCCCUUGUAUCUUUUGAUAUAGAUGCCUUGUUGGAGGAACUGGAACAUUCUACCUUCCAGGAAAGUGAUGACUACUCCAAGGCAGCUUCUCCUCCCUUGGAUCAGCAUUCCAGAAAGGAGAGUAACCUUGCUGAGACUUCAAAGGUCCCUUCCAUUCCUGAUGAUACGAAUCCCUUUCCGGUGCAGCUUGUGUAUACUACCGAGAUCCAGGAACCCAAUGUCUACAGUGAGAUCCAAGAGCCGAAGGCAUCACCACCAGCUUCUAAAACCUCGGCCGCCGCACAGCUGGAUGAGCUGAUGGCCCAUCUGUGUGAAAUGCAGCGUCAGGUUACAGUGAAAGCAGAUGCCAGCAAGAAACCCGUAUCUGACAAGCAGGAUGACAAGGCCUCCCUGGACUCCAUGCUGGGGGGCUUGGAGCAGGACUUGCAGAACUUGGGAAUUGCCACAGUGCUCAAGGGCCACUGUGCCUCCUGCAAGAAACCGAUCGCUGGAAAGGUGAUCCACGCGCUGGGGCAAGCCUGGCACCCCGAGCACUUCGUGUGCGCCCACUGCAAGGGGGAGAUCGGCCCCAGCCCCUUCUUCGAGCGGAGCGGCCUGGCCUACUGCGCCGAGGACUACCACCGCCUCUUCUCCCCGCGCUGCGCCUACUGCGCCGCCCCCAUCCUGGACAAAGUGCUGACGGCCAUGAACCAAACCUGGCACCCGGAGCACUUCUUCUGCGCUCACUGUGGAGAGGUGUUCGGUGAAGAAGGCUUUCACGAGAAGGACAAGAAGCCGUACUGCCGGAAGGACUUCCUGGGCAUGUUCGCACCCAGGUGUGGCGGCUGCACCCGGCCAGUGCUGGAAAACUACCUUUCGGCCAUGGGCACCGUCUGGCAUCCAGAGUGCUUCGUGUGCAGGGACUGCUUUAGCGGUUUCUCUACCGGCUCCUUCUUCGAACUGGACGGGCGCCCCUUCUGUGAGCUGCACUACCAUCAGCGCCGGGGGACCCUCUGCCGCGGGUGCGGACAGCCCAUCACGGGCCGCUGCGUCAGCGCCAUGGGCCACAAGUUCCACCCCGAGCACUUCGUGUGCGCCUUCUGCCUGACGCAGCUGUCCAAGGGGGUCUUCAAGGAGCAGAACGACAAGACCUACUGUCACGCCUGCUUCAGCAAGCUCUUCCCCGUGUGA